UUUGACGCUUUUCAGCAAGCGUCUACAUUAACCGAUACAUUAGAUCAUUUCCAACGAUUAUGCCAAGAGUUAAAAUUACACAAUGAUCAUCUUCGCCCAUGUCGCCAUUUCUACAAUCAAUUGAAGAAAAAAUUAACCAGUUGGAAGUGUACUGCACUAUGGAAUAAGUAUGAUAAAAAAAUGGCUGAUCGAGCUAUUACUGGAGCUAAAAAUACUGCCAAUACCCACGUCUUAAUUGUUGGUGCUGGACCUGUUGGCUUAAGAGCUGCUAUUGAAUGUGCUAUGCUAGGGUGUAAGGUGGUUGUUGUCGAGAAAAGAAAUCAUUUCAGUCGCAAUAAUGUCUUGCAUUUUUGGCCCUUUAUUAUAAGUGAUAUGAAAUCGUUGGGCGCUAAAACUUUCCAUGGUCGUUUUUGCUCAGGAUCCCUUGAUCAUUGUAGUAUCCGUCAGGUACAGUUAAUCCUUUUAAAAAUUGCUCUUCUACUGGGAGUCAACGUCUUCAUUAAUGUAACAUUCAAUGAAAUGAGACAGCCAACCGAUAAAAAUUUAGUUUGGACAGCUGAUAUUACACCAGCUGAUCAUAUCAUCAAUAAAUAUCAAGUCCACGCUUUAAUUAAUGCCGAAGGUUGUAGAACAAGAUUAGCAGGAUUUCAUCGUAAAGAAUUUCGCGGUAAAUUAGCAAUUGCCAUUACUGCCAACUUUAUCAAUUAUCAAACAAAAGAAGAAAGCCGUGUGGAAGAAAUAAGCGGUGUUGCUUACAUUUUUAAUCAAGGCUUUUUUAACGAUUUAAGGAAUAGUAAGGGUAUCGACUUGGAGAAUAUCGUUUAUUAUCGAGACAAUACUCAUUACUUCGUGAUGACUGCUAAAAAGAAAAGUUUACUCUUAAAGGGAGUUUUAAAAGCUGAUUAUUCCGACGUCAAUAAAUUGCUAUCGACAGAAAAUAUCGAUCAGAUUGCAUUGCAAAAUUACGCUAAACAAGCUGCUGACUUCUCUACCCGAUAUCAAUUACCUAAGCUAGAAUUUGCUCUAAAUCAUUACAAAAAACCAGAUGUAGCGGUAUUUGAUUUCACUUCCAUCUAUGCCGCUGAACAUUCCUGUAGAGUAAUAGAAAGGAAGGGCCAACCAUUAUUAAUGCAAUUAGCUGGCGAUGGCCUGCUCGAACCUUUUUGGCCUACUGGAUCCGGUUGUGCUAGAGGAUUUUUAGGUGCUUAUGAUUCUGCGUGGAUGAUAAGAGGAUGGAGUGCGUUAAUAUCACGCAAGAGAGCUGAUUGUAUAGAGCUGAUUAGACAACGCGAAAGUGUGUAUACUUUAUUGGCCCAAACCACACCCAAUAAUUUGCAAAAAAAUAUUACUAAGUAUUCUCUCGAUCCAAAUACGCGAUAUUGCAAUUUGAAUAUAAAGGCAAUUCCUGCUACCGUCGUUCAAUUUCUAUAUGAUGACGGCUCUGAUUCUACAGAUAAUCCCAGCAAAAAGAUGUCAAAGUCCCCAUCCAUGAUCGCCGGUAUUACAACGCAUGAAUUAUUGGGGUGGUGUAGCAACUGUACAUCCGUUUAUAAAAAUAUCAACAUAGUUAAUAUGACAACUUCUUGGAAGGAUGGAAUGGCGUUUUGCGCAAUUAUUCAUCGCUUUAGACCAGAUCUAAUAGAUUUUGAUUCCCUUAGCCCUGAUAGCGUAGAGGAAAAUCUUAAUUUGGCAAUUUCAGUUUCUGACGAACAUCUAGCAAUUGCUCCAACUUUCAAUCCUAACGAAUUAAUUGAACUUGGAGGAGCUGACCCCCUUUCUAUAAUGUGUUUCGUAGCCAAGCUUUAUGACGUUUUCAAGAACGAAAAACCU